AAAAGGAAUGAAACGUUUGUCUCUGGAUUCCUCCUGCAGGGGAUCUUCAACCAAGCAGGACACGAAAGCUUCAUCUUCUCCAUCCUCCUCUUCAUGUACCUGCUGAGCCUGCUGGGAAACCUGCUGAUUGUCCUUCUGAUCGGUUGCGAUGCUCAUCUCCUCCACACACCCAUGUAUUUCUUCCUCAGACACCUCGCUGUAGCCGACAUGGGUUUUGCAUCUUCCACUGUGCCCAUAACGUUACACAAUCUGGUUUCCCGGGACAAGAUGAUCUCCUAUGGAGGGUGCUUGUCUCAAACAUACUUUUUCUUGGUUUUUGGCAGUGGCGACAGCUUCCUGCUUGCUGCCAUGGCUUAUGACCGCCUCAUGGCUAUCUGCCAUCCACUACAUUACACUGCCUUGAUGAACGCCAAACGUUGUCUCUUGCUGGUCUCUGGCUGUUGGCUCCUGGCCUGUCUACACUCCUUGCUGUACACAGUGAUGCUUUCCCGUCUCUCCUUCUGUGCAUCCCGGGAGAUCCCCCAUUUCUUCUGUGAUGUCAAUCCGCUCUUAGCACUCUCCUGCUCGGACACCACUCCCCUAAGGAUGCUGGUAAUGACAGAAGGUAUGUUUGACAUUCUGGGACCGUUUCUCCUCAUCGUGGUCUCCUACGCACGCAUCUUCCUGACUGUAAUGAAGACCCCAAGCAGCAAACGCAAGGCCUUCUCCACAUGUGGUUCUCACCUGACUGUGGUUAUCUUAUUCUAUGGCACCCUGAUCUGGGUCUAUUUGCUGCCCACCUCUGGGAACAAGACCCUGGCUUCUCUCAUGUACACUACGGUUGCCCCAAUGUUGAACCCGUUCAUCUACAGUCUGAGGAACAAUGAGAUAAAAGGUGCCCUGAGGAGACUCGUUGGCCGGAUUUGA